GCCAGCGCGGGAAGUUGCAACAUGGCUGCUAAACUGAAGUCACAGAUUUCUUCCGCGUUCAAGAUGCAUGGCUUGACGUUGAGAAGCGAUGCUACAAAAUAUCUGAUAGAAGUACUGACACCAAUCAGUGAAGCAGAAAGGGAAAAUGGACUGGACAAAAUUUUAGAAAUUUUGCAGAAGCAGCUGUUGAGUUCCACAAUGGUAAGCCGUGAUGUUUGUGAGGCUGCUGUGCAAGAAUGUAACCAAGAACAAGAGGAGGAUAGUGACAGAGUGUUUACUGUUAUAGAUGCUUUCUCAGUGCCUCAGUACUCAUACAGUUAUGAGAGGAAAAAGUUUCUGUUAAACUCCAACCUAGGCCUGCCACCCCCGUGCCUUCACAGUGAUGCUGAAGCCAAAUGCAGUCUGUACAGGGACAGGUAUACCCUUCUUCAUCAGAGAACAUCCAGACAUGAUCUCUUUACUCCACCAGCACUGGGCGCACAACAAGAACAGCACUCCAAGAAGUUCAAGCUAAGACCGGUUGAGUUCUUGUUGGGGAGUACUGCCAAGCUAGGGGAUAUUAUUGUGCUAGGAAUGCUUACUCAGCUGAAAGAGGGAAAGUGGUUCUUAGAAGACACAACAGGGGCUGUACAGCUUGAUUUGACAAAAGCCAACUUUCAUACUGGUCUAUUCACAGAGAACUGCUUUGUAUUAGCAGAGGGCUGGUACGAUGACAGUAUAUUUCAUGUUAAUGCAUUUGGUUUUCCACCACCAGAACCUUCUAAAACUACAAGAGCAUAUUUUGGUAACAUAAAUUUCUUUGGUGGUCCUUCUGCCACAAGUUUAAAGAUGUCCCCCAAACUGCAGCAGAUAGAGCAGGAAAACCAGGACGCCAUGUUUGUAAUAGUGUCAGAUGUGUGGUUGGACAGUGUAAAGGUGCUGGAAAGGUUGAGGCUUAUGUUUGUUGGAUAUGCAGAGAUGCCUCCAACUUGUUUUAUAUUUUGUGGCAAUUUUACAUCAUCCACAGGAACUAAAAAUAUAAAAACAUUACAAGAAUCAUUUAGGUCUUUAGCAGACAUACUAAAAGAAUUCCCGUCCCUGGUAGAAAACUCCAGGUUUUUGUUUGUCCCAGGACCUCAGGAUCCAGGCCCAGCCAAUAUAUUACCAAGGCCUGCUUUGCCAAAUGUUGUGACAGAGGAGUUUAGACGGAGAGUUCCGUCUGCCAUUUUUGCCAGUAACCCCUGCAGGCUACAGUACUGUACACAGGAGAUAGUGGUCUUUAGGGAAGACAUUGUGACCAAGAUGUGUAGAAAUUGUGUCAAAUUUCCAGCCGAUGGUGACAUUCCUACACAUUUUGCAAAAACCAUAAUAUCCCAGGGUCAUCUGUGUCCAUUACCGCUCCAUGUGUGUCCAGUCUACUGGUCAUAUGACAGUGCCCUGAGGGUGUACCCCCUGCCCGAUGUGGUCAUCACAGCUGACAAAUAUGACCCUUUCAUGGUCAGUCAAGUGGACUGUACAGUGAUUAACCCAGGUUCCUUUCCCCGAAGUGACUUCAGCUUCAAAGUCUACUUCCCAGCUUCAAGACAAGUGGAAGAGAGUAGGAUAGAUAUAGACUAAACAAGUUUGAAAACAAUAAAAUUGCUCUCCUGUAGCUAUGAGAAGUAUGUAGAUGUGAAUUGAACUACAUUACAU